CAACCGCCUCCACAGCUUUUCACACUCACGUCGCACCCCACCCGCGCCCUCCGUCGCCCCGGCGUACAUUCACUCGCUACCUGCUUCCGCUCUUUCCUCACGCGCUGGGACACACCCGCUCCGCGCCAUCCUUUGUUGCGUUCGCUUUCGCCCUGUAUACACAGCCUCACCACUGCUGUAACCCGAGCGACGACACGAUACAUUCCACAUAACCAGCGACCAUGGGCUUCGGCGACUUUCAGACGCUAUGCACCAAGGCUGCGAUACCACUGUGCGCUCUUAUUGGACACCAGGACAUCAAUGAUGGCGUUGGCAUACAAACAAAGUGCUAUUCGAGGACCGUUGAGAUCGCAAACACACUGAUAUUCCAAGUGGCCAACGACGCUAUGCACAUUUUGGCCCUGAUCAUGACGGUGAUCAUGAUCAUUCACGUGCGCUCCAAGUUCACCGCUGUCGGCCGGAAAGAAAUCACUUCGUUCUUCUAUGUUUACAUGCUCUUGACCGUUGUAUCACUCGUUCUCGAUGCCGGCGUCACGGCCCCCGGUUCCGCCGCAUACCCAUACUUCGCCGCCGCCCAAAAUGGCCUCGUCUCCGCCCUCUGUACCUGCCUGUUGAUCAACGGCUUUGUCGGCUUUCAACUGUAUGAGGAUGGAACAACUCUCUCUGUCUGGCUGCUGCGACUCUGCUCUGUCAGCAUGUUCAUCGUUGGCGGCGCCGUCUCCCUCCUUACCUUCAAGGGUUGGGCUGGCCUGGAUCCCAAGAACCCAGUAGGAAUAUUUGUCGUUACAUACAUUGUCAACGCCAUAUUUCUCGCUAUCUACAUCGUCUGCCAGCUGAUCCUCGUUAUCGGCACACUGGAGGACCGCUGGCCAAUGGGCGACAUCGCAUUCGGCAUUUUCUUCUUCGUCAUCGGCCAGGUUAUUCUCUACGUCUUCAGCGAUACGCUCUGCGACAAGGUGCAGCAUUAUCUGGACGGCCUAUUCUUCGCUACCAUUUGUAAUCUUCUUGCGGUCAUGAUGGUAUACAAGUACUGGGAUUCCAUCACUCGCGAAGAUCUCGAAUUUUCAGUCGGCGUCAAGCAGAACAAUUGGGAAGUCAAGGAACUUCUGCCCGACGAGGACAAGCGUGGUACCGUCUACCAAGAUUCUGAAUACACUCCGUCGGUGUACCAGCAACCGUACAACACGCGCCACUCUCACUACUCCGCCGUUGGCCAUUGAUCUUACCACUCUUGCGUUUACAAAUUUCACAUCUGCAUAUACUUUUUCAACGGCAUUAGGCGGAGUUUGUGGCGCCCGGUGUUUUCGUGUAAGACUUGUAAUCAACGUGUAAGAGGACGCGGCUCGUUGCUUGGGUAUCACCUGUUGUCAUGGCUGGAAUAUAGGGGGACGUACAUGGAUCGAGAAGCACUAGUAAUGUGCUCCUCGAACCUUUCUAUGAUAAAAUUCUUAUGAAAUCUCUAGCGCCCAUAUAGUAAUAUUAAAUGUUGCCAACGUCCUUCAUUGUCGUCACUCGCGAGUUGGCCUUUAAUCUUUGCUUCUUUAUCUAGCAGAAUACGAGGAGUAACCCCGCU